AUGCUGAAUCAUGUAACUCAGCAGGUAAGUGACACUAAAAAUCAUAUACAAGGUCUAAUAAGAAACCGUGAAAUUGGUGAUCCCGAAAGACAUCUGCUUAAUAUUUGUGAUCAAAACUAUAAUUUUAUCCUUACAAGUUGGCUUGUUAAUGUUAGAGAUGCCUUGUCAAAACGAAAUUACCCUGAUGCAAGGGAUUAUAUGCGUUCAGUACCGGACAUGGUCGACCAGUGUGAGAAGAGUUUUGCACCACCAGUCACCUCUCCUAUUUCUGCAGAUAGCAAGGCAACCUUUGAUAUUUCUAACGUUACAUUUGAUGUUAUAGUUUUAGCUAUAAAUCCCCCAUUUAUUAACUUAAAUGAUGGUCAAAGCAAAAGCUUAAUCAGCAAGACUUGCAGUCACACAUCUGAUAAUGUUCUAUGUGCUUCAACAUUAAACUCAUACCCAGCAGCAGCUAAUGCUAAAGACAUUGGAGAUUUAGUCGUGAUCAUGGUGAAUCAUGUAACUCAGCAGGUAAGUGACACUGAAAAUCAAAUACAAGGUCUAAUAAGAAACCGUGCAAUUGGUGAUCCCGAAAGAAAUCUGCUUAAUAUUUCUGAUCAAAACUACAAUUUUAUCCUUACAAGUUGGCUUGUUAAUGUUAGAGAUGCCUUGUCAAAACGAAAUUACCCUGAUGAUAGGGAUUAUAUGCGUUCAGUACCGGACAUGGUCGACCAAUGUGAGAAGAGUUUUGCACCACCAAUCACCUCUCCUAUUUCUGCAAAUAGCAAGGCAAUCUUUGAUAUUUCUAAGGUUACAUUUGAUGUUAUAGUUUUAGCUAUAAAUCCCCCAUUUAAUAAAUUAAAUGGUAUAAAUUGA